AUGAGCUUCAUCGCGUCAUCGUAUUUUAGUAUCAUCGUAACGUCGUUUACACAGGCCAACGUGAUUGCCGCAAUGAGAAAUCAACCAGAGCGUCCCGACGUGAAGCUCCACGCCAAGUCGGUCUUUCUCUCCGCCUGCUUCUUCGUCAACCUCCUCUUCAUGCCCCUCAAAGGCGACCUCUCGGAAGUUUCCCCGUUUGCGUCCGACGCAUCGUACGACCGCGUCGAGAUUGGCCAGCUGACCUACGACGCGUCCGAGUUUGCCCAGUACCUUCCGUUGCUCUACAAUGCGUCGACAACCGACCCGGGGGUCGCGUACUUGUAUGACAGUCAGUACGGCGUCGACGUGAUGCGAUCUGUCGUCAAGGACGACGCGCAGGGGACGUUGAACCCGGUCUACAGCAUACUGGGCGUGCCUUACUUCCCUGCCGACACGAAGCAAUCGUGCUGA